AUGGUCCCGUCCAUAGACCCCACUGUAUCUUUGCUGCCUCCGUAUUCACAAACAGGAUCAUUCAUAACCGCCUCAGUUUCUUCACCUAGCUCCAAGCCACCCUCUUCUGCACCACAGACUACAGAGACUGAUCGCUUUCAAGUUAUAUCUAACCGGAUAUCUGCAGGACCAGCUGUCCUGGCUUCAACUAUAUUCCCUACUCCGCCAAGCGCUACUUGGCUAGUCGAGGCUACAAAACAUGAUCUAAAAGCACCUUUCGCCAAAUGGGACUUAAAACAGACUAGCAUAUGGUUGACAAAGAACAAUCUCAUUUGUCUCCCUUGCAUUGCCUUAGAAUUGGUUCUAUAA